GAUGGCGGCGGCCACGGCGCCCGCGCAGCCCUGGAGCGCGGAGGAGCUGCGGAGCGAGGCGCUGCCCAAGAAGGACAUCAUCAAGUUCCUGCAGGAACACGCGGCGCAGGCGUUCCUGGCCGAGCACCGCCUGCUGGGGCAGGUGAAGAACGUGGCCAAGACGGCCAACAAGGAGCAGCUGAUCGCGGCCUACACGCAGCUGUUCCUCACGCAGGUAUGGGCGGGCGCCGGGUGCGGGGCGCCGGCCUCCCUCAUCGCGCUCAGCGCCGGGGCCGCCUGGCACGCGAUCUUCGUUUGCUCCUCCGUGUCGGCCGGCCGCGUUGGCGCUCCCUGCGCGCUGCCGGACGGCCCGGCCUUCCGGCGCGGCAGUGCGGGGCGGGCUGCGGCCCGGCGGAGCGGUGCGCGCGGCUUUGAGUGA